UCGUGGGGGGAGGGUGAGCCCAGGCGAAGGGGAGAGAGUGUAAAUAGAGCGAAGGCGGCGCGGCAUCGGCCCCGCCACCUCCCGGCGACCCGCGAAGAGCCCCGGAGGAAGAUGGAAGAAGAUGAGGAAGAGCAGCGGCGCAGAAAAGUGGAGGUCGGGAGAGCGAAGCUUGCUCACUUCCGACAGAGAAAAACAAAAGGUGACUGUGCGCAUUCGAAGAAAACGCCGGCGAAGAGGAAGGGCGCGGCUGUCCAUGCGCCUGUCCAGAAGGAGAGUGCGGUAGCCUCAGCCGAGGACGGCGGACUCCUGGGAGGCCCGGACGUUGGCAGGAACACGUCAUGCAGCAGCCCCCCUGAUGGCGCAGGAGCCGCUCAGCUGCAGCAGCCCGGUGGAGAGGGGACCCCGCAGAAGCUGGAUGGCGACUGUCUGGAGCAGCCGGGGGUCAUGACGAAGGAGCUGGAGCUGGAGGCGCUGCGCCUGAGCCUGAGCGACAUGCACGCGGCGCGGCUGGAGCUGACGCAGGCGCACCUGCAGCGCGAGAAGGAGGCAGCGCUGGCCGAGCUGCGGGCCGAGCUCACGGGGCGGCACGCGCAGGAGCGGGCCCUGCUGCAGAGCCGCGCGCACCGGGAGCUGGAGCUGGUCCGGGAGGAGGCAGCUGAGCUGAAGGAGAAGCUGCAGUCAGAAGUGGAGAAAAAUGCCCAGAUGAUAGAGACCCUGAAACAAGACUGGGAAUCUGAGAGAGACUUAUGCUUAGAAAACGUACGCCAAGAAUUAUUGGAAAAGCAUCGAUCAGAACUGGAGAAUUUACAAAACCAGUUUAAGAGAGAAUUGGCAGAACAGAAAGCUGAGUUGGAGAAGGUUUUUCAAGCCAAAAAUCAGGCUGAAUUUUCCCUUCAGACUCAGGAGGCGCAGCGUGAGGCAGCCCUGAGUAGGUUACGCGCAGACCUGCAGUUGGAGCACUGCCAGCACGUGGACGCGCUGGAGCUGAACUUCAGAGAGAAGGAGGAGGACAGCCAGCGCCAGUUGGAGAACCUCCGCGCUUCGUACGCAGAGCUGCAGGCUCAGUCUCGGGAGGAGAUCCAGCGCCUGGGGGCCCAGCUGGAUUCCGCGAGGUCCAGCAGGCGGGAGCUGAGUGGUGAGGAGCCUCGUGUUCAAAAUUCAGAGCUGCACGGGCAGCUGCUGGCCCGCGCGUCUCACGUGGAGGAGUUAGAGCAGCUGCAGCGGGACUUGGAGCAGCAGCGGCAGCAGGAUAGAACCCGGCACGAGCGCGAACCGGAGCAGCUGAGGCUCUGCUUUGAAGAGAAGUUGAGGGAGGCCGAGAGGGGCUACCAGGAGGACCUGCGCCUGUUACAGCAGCGGCUGCGGGACGGGAGGGACGAGCCCCUGCCGGAGGCUGUGGGGAGCAGCUCACCCAGUGCCUGUUUGGAAGAGCUGUCUGAAGAAGGAAGAGGCUGUCUUGAUCCCCUGGGCCUUCGGCUGGAGCAGCACGAGGAGAGCCUGGGUUUGCACACACGAGUAGAAGAAAACCACCAGCACCAACUAGCGGCAGGGACGUCCUCCCAGGAAGUCCAGCAGGAGGCGGGCCUCCCGGGCACCCGGGUGUUGGAAGGGGAGCAGCACGUGGGGCCUUUGGAAGAGUCCGGCCAAGAGCUCGCCCGGACGCCCCUCCUGUGCGCGCAGAGCAGGGCCUCGGAGGCGGAGACAGAGGUGGUGGCCGGAGACGGGGGUCUGGCGACCACGCACAAGGCUCAACUCCUGCGUCUUCCGAUGGAGCUCAAGGAAGAAAUCGACCUCUUAAAAGUAGAAAAUAGAAAUUUACACGAGAAAUUACAGCAUGAAAUCCGCCUGAAAGAGGACUUGGAGAAAGUGAAGUGUGCUUUAGUUGAAGCUCACCAGGAAGAACUGAAGAGCACCAAGGAGAAGAUUGAGCUGAUGGAACAAGAAGUCAGGGAGAGGGAGGCUGAGUGGAAAGUCUCCAGUGAGGACCUGAGGAGGGGGGCUGAAGAGAGGCUGGCGCGGACGCUCCGCGACCUGCGGGAACAGGCCGAGUCCGAGAAGCGGUCCAUGAUGCACAGGUUCGAGCUUCGAGAAACCGAGAUGAGGCGACUUCAGGAGCAGCAGGCGGCCCAGAUCCUGGACCUGGAGGGGUCGCUGGUGGAGCAGCAGGGCCGCCUGCGGCAGCUGGAGCUCGGGCUCGUGGGGGACGCGUGUCUGCGGUGUAGCCAGUGUGGCUGGGAGCUGGGCAGCAGUCUGGCCCCUGCGGACCAGGACCACCUGAAGGAGGACUGUGCCCUCCAGCUGAAGCUGGCCCAGAGCAGGUUUUUAGAAGAACGUAGAGAAAUCACAGAAAAAUUCGCCGCGGAGCAGGAUGCCUUCCUGCGGGAGGCCCGGGAGAAGCACGCCCGCGAGCUCCAGCUCCUUCAGGAGACACACCAGCAGCACGUCCUGUCCUUGACGGCGGAGCUGGAGGCCCGGCACCAGGCUGAGGUGGGUGCGCUGAGGGCUUCGCUGGAGCGCGAGCAGUGGGCUCUCUCAGAGGUCCGCGUGGCUGAGCUGCAGACGAAACACGCUGCUGAAAUCAGUGCUUUGGAGACCAGACACGCGUCCCACCUGGACGCUUUGGAGUCCUGCUACCUGUCUGAGGUGCAGACUGUGAGGGCCGAGCACAGGCGGGCCCUGGAGCUGCUGUGCCUGGACCUGGAGGAGCAGCUGCAGGAGGGGGACGCUUCUCGCCAUGUGGUCUUGACUCGGGUGCUGGAGAAGCUGAAGCUGGGACGUGGCGAAGAGCCUCCGCCCGCACAGGACAGCCUGCGAGUGGACGUGGGCACGGAGCACGUGGCGGGCCUGAGAGCCCCCCGGCUGCACGGAGCUUGCCAGCAGGGCACUCUGGUUCCCGCGGAGCUGGAGCCCCAGCGCUCAGCUCUCCUGGCGGAGCUGGAGGAGGAGCAGGAGGAGGGGGAGAAGCAGCGGCCCCGCUGUCAAGAGGAGACUGAGCUGCUGAAGCGUCAGCCAGAGGCCUCACUGGAGCAGCAGGUCACACAGUUAAAGGGUGAAUUUGAAAGUGAAAAGAAAGCUGCUUUGCAUGAAAAAGAGGAGAUGUAUAAACUUGAGCGUGAGCAGGCACAGUCUCUUCACCAAAAAGAGAAAGAGUCUUUGUCUCUGCAACUUCAGGAGAAGAAUAACCAAAUUCUGCAGCUAAAAGACCAGAUUUUAUCCUUAAGUGGCGAGAUAGACGAGUGCCGUUCCGAGCUGGAGAGGCUUCAGCAAAGGCGGGACAGGGAGAACCAGGAGAGCACCGCCCUCGUCUCGAUGCUUAGGUCCGACGUCGACCUGUCCCGUGGAGAGAGGAGAGCUCUCCGGGACUCCCUGAGGAGGCUGCUGGGUCUGUUUGGGGAGACGGUCAAGGCUGCCGUUGCCCUAAAGAGCCGCAUCGGGGAGCGUGUGGGGCUCUGCCUGGAGGACGAGAGCCCACCUGCCGCGCAGCCCGGGCGCCAGAGCCCGCCUGCAGCCCUGGCACUGGAUGAGGUGUGGCCUGGGCUCGACGCGGCCCUGCCGGAGCUGGACGGCACAUCGCCCGCAGGCGCUGAGACGUCGUCAGUGGCUGAGAUCAGCAGCCACGUCUGUGAGAGCUUCUUCAUGAGCCCAGAAACCACGCUGGAGUGUGAGCAGCCCGUCAGGAGGGUCUACAGGAGCCUGGGCCUGGCGGUGGACGGCCUCCUGGAGAUGGUCCUGGACUCUGCCAGGCAGCUGGAGGAAGCCCGUCAGAUUCAUUCUCGUCUUGAGGAGGAGUUCAGCUGUAAGAAGGAGGAGACGGCGCAGGUGGUGCGGAUGCAGCGGGAGCUGGUGGAGCGCCUGGAGGCGGAGGGCGCGGCCCGGGCCCAGCUGGCGCUGGAGCUGCACAAGGCGGAGGGCAUCGUCGAGGGCUUCAAGGAGGAGAAGGCCAGCCUGCAGGAGGCGCUGGGCCAGAAGGAGGCCAGCGAGCGGGACCUGGUGGGCGAGCUGGAGGGCCUGAGGCAGCAGCUGCAACGGGCGGCCCGGCGGCAGGAGGCGCUGCAGGAGGAGAACGCCGCGCUGUGGAGCCAGAGGGAGGCCUUGGCCGCGGAAGCUGGGGAGAGAGAGGCCGCUCUUAGGAAGGAGGUGGAGUCUCUCACCAAGGAGCAGUCGGAGACCAGGAAGCAGUCGGAGAAGGACCGCUCGGCCCUGCUGUCCCAGAUGAGGCUUCUGGAGGCCGAGCUGGAGGAGCAGCUGUCCCGGCAGCAGGCGUGCGCCCGGCAGGCCGAGGAGCUCUCCGCCCUGAGGCAGCAGAUGGGCUCCCUGGACCAGCACCUGCGCCGCCAGCGCCAGUUCAUGGACGCGCAGGCGGUGGAGCGGGAGCGGGAGCGCGAGGACUUCCAGCAGGAGAUCCAGAGGCUGGAGGAGCAGCUCCGCCAGGCGGCCCGGCCGCGGCCCCCAGGGCCCCGUGCCAGCGACAUUGAAUUGCUAGAAGACAAAUUGAGAGAAAAAUCAGAUGGACUUAAUGAGUUGAUUAUAAAGAAGGAGUUGGCAGAUAGACAAGUGUUCAUCCAGGAGGAAGAGAUUAAGCGUCUGCAGGAGACCAACGCCAGCACCACGAGAACGCUGGUGCAGCUGCAGGAAGAGCUGGAGAGACAGCGCAAGGCCGCCAGGGACCUGGAACGGGACAAAGAGGCGUUACAGGAACAGCAGAUGAGUAACUUGCUUCUGGUGUCCACACUGCAGUCUAGACUCGAUGAGGGCAGGUGUCCAGUGCCUCCUGUGGACAGCCCUCCUGACGGUCAAGAAGUCCAGCUGGAGGCAGUGCAGAGGGCCCUCCUGCAGCGUGAGGACGAGGUUUUGGACUUAAAAGAACAAUUGGAAAAAAUUAAAGAUGACUUAGUAAGUAAAAAUGAAGAAGUGCUAAAUCUGAACUUGAAAUUAGACAUGCAGGACAACAGCGCCUCCAUCCGCAUCAGAGAACUUCAAGAAGAGAAUGCUGACUUGAAGGCUUUUCUGCAAAACCAAGAGAGGGAGAUGAUGUGUCAGAGUGAGCAGGCCGGGGUGCAGCUGGCCGGGCCAGGAGGUGGCGCUGUCAGCGAGGUUGUGUAUAACAGAAGUUCUGAAAUUGAAGAGCUGAAAUCCAUUAUUGAGAAUUUGCGAGAGAACCAAGAGAGGUUACAGAGGGAUAAAGCAGAGGAGAUCGAACAGCUCCACGAGGUCAUCGAGAAGCUGCAGAGGGAGCUCCUGCUCGGGGGCCCCAUGGCGCCUGAGGCCGGGGACGGCGGAGCUGCCAGCCUGCAGAGUGAGCUGCUGGGCCUCCCGGCUGAAGGAGCCGAGGCCCGUGUGGCGCUGGAGGGCGAGCUACACGCCGCCCUCGAGGCCAAGGAGGCCCUCAGCCGGCUGCUGACCGAGCAGGAGCGCCGGCACGGCCAGGCCCUCGAGGCCCUCCAGCGGCGCCUGCAGGCCGCGGAGCAGGCGGCCACACGGCAGCUGGCCGAGCCCGGGCCCGGCGCCGCCCUCAGGGAGGCCGAGGUCCAGGACCUGGCCUCCCAGGUCCGCGAGUUCGAAGCUGCCUUGCGAGCCAAGGAAGCGAAGAUCGCAGAGAGAGAUUUAGAAAUCGACACUCUGCACCGGCAGACGUCAGCCCACUCCGCCGAGCUGGGAGCCAUCCUGGCGGCCGUGGCCCGCUUCCGCCGCGCCCUGGAGCAGCAGCUGCUGGUGGCUGCUGGGGAGCCCCCCGAGCUGCAGCGGCUCCGGGCGCAGUGUGUCCGCCUCAGCCGCCAGCUGCAGGCACUCAACCAGAGCUUCCUGAGGUGCCAGAAGGAGCUGGAUGAGCAGCAGGCACGCGGGGCCUGCGUGGAGAGUGGCUCGCGGGGGCGGAUGUCCUGGGGUGAAGAGGCCUCCUGCCAUAAAGAGUUGGAACAGGAUGUGGGUGGCAGGCGGCUGGCCAAGGCCCCCCACGGCCAUGGCAGUGACCCUCAGAGCCCUGUUAAGGAUGGUCCGCCGCCGGCCAAAGCCCGGCCGACGUUGACCCGUGCAGGCCUCAGCCAUCAGGACCGCGUGAUGUCGCUGCUCGCCGUCUGCCAGCGGCAGCUGGAGUCUGAGCUGCUCCUGGUGAGGAAGGAAAUGCACCUGAGAGUGGAGGAUGGCGGCAGAGUGCCGGAAACAGUGAAGGAUAAGGAAAAAGUACUGGGAGAUUGUCAGCUGCGGAACGUUGAUCUCAUAGCUCAGGUGAAACAACUUCAAGAAAAACUGAACCAUCUAGUAUGUUCCAUGAGCUUCCAGAACGUCAAGAUGAACUUUAAAUUUCAACAGACCCUGGCAUCUCCACAUGCUUCAGAAAGUAGUUUGAGUGAUAGUUCCAGCAGCGGUGAAGAGACUGACACGUCGCCUCCUGUCCAUGCCUCUCCUGCCGCAUGGGCUCUGGCUGGCACGGCUGGAAGCCAGGGCUCGUUGAUAAGAGGCGAGGAGGCACCAGACGCUCCCACGGGAGAGCAGGUCGCUCUGCAGGACAGCUCCCUGUGCUCACAGGGCAGCUUGCAGGGGGGCUCCUGUCACCUCGCCCAGGAGCCCGAGCCCCUGAAGAACACGCUCAGGGCGAUGGACCUGUCCUCCUGGAGCUCCCCCGAGGUUGUCAGGAAGGACUCAACCCCUGAGCCCCUGCCCAGCCUGCCCCUCACACCCCGCUCAGAUGCCCUGAGCCAGCGCAGCCUGGACAGCUCCCUGUGGGACAGGACGAGCGCCCAGCUGCUCCGGGCUGAUCAGUCGGGGCUGCUUUGUUACCCGGGCGCGUCCGCGGCAGACACAGCCCCUGGGUGGGCGGGGUCUCCACUGGCUGCAGACGGGGCUCCCUCCCCCGACCACCACGCUCAGCACGUGCCUGUGGAGAAAGAUGUUGAAGAUUUUAUCGUAACGUCUCUUGAUUCUCAAGAAAAGUCAAGAUCACCUCCUCUUGGGUUAGAAGGAAAAAGCGAUGGAAAAAGUGAUGGCGCGGGGUCUGGAGAGAUAGUAAACCAAGAUUCGGGAAGACGGGGAGCUCCCAUUGCUGGCCCCGCAGCGCCUCCCACCCCCCGGGGGUCCCCACGGCCGCCGGACACCAUGAAGGAGAAGGACGUCCAUCCAAAGCAAGUGAAGGCUUUGCUGCAGAUGGUGUGUGACGAGAGCCACCACAUCCUGGCCCUGUCCGAAUACCAUGGACCCCCCUGCAUCCUGAGCAGGGGUGAGCCCAGUGCCCCCCUUGAGUGCCUCGCGAUGGGGGGCCAGAGCCUGCUGGAGGCAGCACCAGCUCCCAGGGAGCAUCCCACCCCAGGACUCCACACGGGGGAGAAGGAAGCUUCCGACAUGGGCCUCGACUGGAGAGGGGAGUUUCUGCAGGUGGUGCAGGAGGCCCUUGAAAAGGAGCGGGCGAUGCUGAGAGUGGAGCUGCAGCCCCGGCUCUGCGGCUCGGGGCCCGGGGGCUGCGGUCCGCUGCUGCAGCGGCUGGAGCAGGUGGUCCAGGAGCAGGGGGACCUGCAGGAGAGGUCCUUGGAGCACCUCCGCCUGUCGGACCGGAACAGCCUGCUGUCCGAGAUCCAGGCCCUGCGCGCCCAGCUGCGGAUGACACACCUGCAGAACCAGGAGAAGCUGCAGCAGCUGUGCGAGGCCCUGACCAGCGCGGAGGCACGCGGGAGCCGCCAGGAGCACCAGCUGCGGAGGCAGGUUGAGUUACUGGCGUAUAAGGUUGAGCAGGAAAAAUGUAUAGCAAGUGAUCUGCAGAAAACCCUGAACGAAGAGCAGGAGAAAGCAAAUAGUGUCCGGAAGCUGCUGGUGGUGGAACAGAACGCCGUCAGAGAUCUGAAGUCUGAGCUCUGCGAGUGUAGGCAGGACAACGAGCGGCUGCUGCAGUCCCUCAACGCGGUGCAGAAGGAGGUGCUCCAGCUGAGGUCUGUGCUGGACAGUAAGGAGGAUGACCUGCAGGCCGCACUGCAGCGGCUGGAGGGUGAGCAGGUGAAGGAGUGCGCCCUGCAAAGCCGGCUGGAGGAGGAGCGGCUGCAGCACCUGCAGAGGGAGGGCCAGAGCGCCAAGACGCUGGAGGAGUUAAGGGCGUCUUUGGAGAAGCAGUGCGCCCAGAGUAACCAGCUGUGCGUGGCGCUGAAACACGAGCAGAUGGCCAAGGACAACCUCCGGAAGGAGCUGCAGAUCGAGGCCUCGCGCUGCGAGGCGCUGCUGGCGCAGGAGCGCGGCCACCUCUCGGAGCUGCAGCGCAGCCUGGAGGCCGAGCAGGGCCGCUCGCGCGAGCUGUCGGAGGCCCUGCAGCAUGAGCGCCUCCUGACGGAGCGGCUGAGCCGGCGGUCGCAGGACAGGCUGGCGCAUCAGGCCCUGCUGCAGAAGCUCCAGGGCCGCGAGGCCCGCGUGCUGGAGCUGGAGGCCGCGCUGGAGGCCGCACAGCAGCGCGUCCUGGAGGCCAAGGCACGCGCACGCCGCGAGGAGGUGGAGAGGGAGCAGGAGCGGGAGUUGGAGCUGCAGCGCCAGCGGGACAAGCACCGGAUCCAGCAGCUCCAGCGGACGGUGAGGGAGCUGCGGGCACGGGAGGCCGCGCGCCCCUGCCCGGAGCCGGAGCCGGAGCCGGAGCCCGAGCCCGGGCGCCUCCGCGAGCAACAGCGGCGCCUGGAGAGGGCGCGGCAGCAGCUGCUGUGCGCUGCCGGGCUUCUGAGCAGCGUCCUCAACCAGACGGUGGACCGGACCAUCAGUGAUUGGACGUCGUCCAACGAGAAGGCAGUGGCGUCUUUGCUGCACACGCUGGAGACACUCAAGUCUGAACUGGGCGCGUCCAGCUCCUGCCAGAAGAAAACGACGGCGGAGCUGCAGGUCCAGCUGGUGGAUGUCCUGCUGAAGGACAACGAGUCCCUGAGCAGAGCGCUGAGCACGGUGACGCGGGAGAAGGCGGAGCUGUGCAGGGCCGUGUCCUGGCUGGAGAGGGCCCCCCGGGCCCCGAGGACCCCACAGGAGGGCUGCGCACGCAGGAGGUCGGACAGAUCUGCACGGAAGCCGGACAGGGCAGUCUCACCAGGCUCAGCACGACACCCAGACCCAGCGUUGCCCACGCUGGAAGCUGGUGCCUGCAACGCCAAGAUGGAAAAAUUGUACCUUCAUUAUUUGAGAGCAGAGAGCUUUAGAAAAGCUCUGAUUUAUCAGAAGAAGUAUCUUUUGCUGUUGAUCGGUGGCUUCCAGGACUCUGAACAGGAGACACUCUCCAUGAUCGCUCACUUGGGAGUGUUUCCUUCCAAGGCGGAUAAGAAAGCCGCAGCGUCGCGCCCGUUUACCAAGUUCCGCACUGCCGUCAGGGCAGUGAUCGCCAUCUUCAGGUUACGCUUUUUGGUCAAGAAAUGGCAACAAGUAGACGGUAGAGGAGCGCUAGCGCCAGGCUGCGCGCGCCGUCCAGGUGCCCGCCCCGGCCCCGGCCCCGGCCCCGCCCCUGCCCCUGUGCCGCCACACCCAGGAUUCCUGGUGCCACGGCGGCAGCAGUCUCCACCCGACACCCGCAAGUCCCCACCAACCCGGGACGUGUCUUCCAGCCACGCCAGCGACCCUGUGCCAAAAAUGUCCCCACGCAGGAGGGACAGAUCCAAUCCCUCCCCAAAUCCCAGAUCAGAAAGAUCCCUGACUGCUUCUCAAGACCCGGAGCGUUCCUUGACGGAGUACAUUCACCAUUUAGAGGUGAUCCAGCAGAGAUUGGGAGGCGCACCGCCAGGUUCCCCUUCAGAGGAGUCCCGCUGCCAGAAGACUAAGCAGUGAAUAAAGGCCCGUGACAGUUGUAUCUGAGGAAGAGGUUUGGGUUUUGGAGGGGAGCUCGUGCCGUGGUGGGCGUGCUGGGCGGUGCGCGUGCCAGCCGGUGUCGUCGCUAGGUGUUCUCAGCCUUGUGCUUUGCUGCAAAGCCCAGUGGAGCCAUGUUCUGUGUAACUUCAGCACAUCUUAGCUUCUCACCUUGAUGAAGUGGCUGUGUGCUCAUGAGCGACGGGCACCUGCCCGUCCUGUGUUGGUCCAGCCUCCCUGCCACCCAUGGAGGGUGAGCAGAGGGUGUCUCCCUGUUGUUUAUUUUCUUAGAGUGGACAGCUGGAAACUUGGUUUAAAACAAAAACAAAAAAAAACCCAGAAAGAAUAAAAUUAAAGCCCUGGUAUAUUUGUGAAUGGCCCUGUGUUUUUCUGUUUUAUCCAGUGUACUUUUAUCACUGGCAAAAAAGUAAAACAUAGACUUAGAAUUUAUAUUAAACUGUGAGUCAGAAAUUUUCAGUGGAACUCAAAGCACUAGUAUGACAAAUAGCUACAUGCCUGUUGAUUCAUCUUGCUGGGUUUCUUAUUUUACUUACAUCAGGUGCUGUUGCUACGUAUUUCUUAGGACUACAAUCCUUUUAGGUUUUACUUGUGCUCCCGUGUACCUGGUGGUGAUAUCUAGCUGGUGUCCUUUACCCAAACAUCUGCUGUGAGCAUACAUUUAUAAGUAUCUCAAUGUGUGUUUCUAGGACCUUUGAACAUGACAUUUAUUCUCUUGGGCUUGGUUUUAAUAUAAAACAACUUUUUCUAAGUCCCCACUUACUUAUUUUGGGAUAGGCUUUCCCUUCAGUCUGUGACUCUGGUGCACCUCUGCAUUUUCUGCUUCUUAGCCAACACUGCUUUAUAUUUUUCCCAAUUUUCCACCAAGUUCUGGAAUGGUCACUGCUUUAUAAUUUUCCCAGUUUUCCACCAAGUUCUACAUUCUUCUGAUUGAUGUUGCUGAAGCCAAAAUCUUGACCAGCUGCGGGAGCAGGAAUCCAAGGAAUGUCUCUUCACUUUCAACAUCCAGAAGAAUUAUGAUUGAAAUUGAUGAUCAAGCACUGAAUAAAUACCCAUGUGCAUCAAUGUUAAGUUAGUGAGGGAGGGAGGGCCCACUUAAAGCCCUCACACCAGUUUGUGAACAUAAAGUGCCUCCUUUUGGGGAAGAACACAGGUCAUACCUGCAGAUGAGGGAGAUUCUUCUUCAGGGUAAAGCACCAGCUGAUUAGAGAGACUGAUGCAACUAGAGAACCACCAGUUCUGCCCCCAGUGAAAUAAGUUCACGGUAGGUUCAUCAACAGGUCCUAAAACCAAGGCGAAGUUCCACUUCCCCGGUGCAGGGGCCCGGGAGUGUCCACUGUGACCGCGGCUCAUGGCAGGUGGGCAGAUGUGUGGGCUGCCUGGCACGAUGCCGUGUGAGGUGCACAGUCUCCCCCCGUUUACAGGUGGAGGGACAAGUGACACGGAACCACAAGAAAGACACAUGGGAUGUUCUGUAAGCAACUGGCCUGGUUUCAUCAAACAGGCAACGUUACUCAGAAAACAAAAGUGGGGCCUGUUUUAUGUUAAAGGAAAGUAAGGAGACACAACCAAAUGCACGUGCGAAACAUACUUAGUUCCUAAUUUGGGGGGAAGCAGCUGUGAGGUUGUUUUGGGGGUAACUGGGUAAAUCUGAAUAUGUACUGGAUAGCAGGUGUUAGAGGGAUGCAUGCUAACUUUCUUAGGUGUGGUCGUGGUUAUUGAGACAACAGUGCUCUUAGGAGCUGAAUUGUUUAAGAAAAAGGAGCCAUAACAGAUGCAACUUACUUUGAAAUGGUUCCGUUAGGAAAAAAAAUACCAUGUAUAUGCAUUAAGGAAACGUGCAAAAUCUUUUUAAAAUACUGUAGAUUGAAUCUAGUUAGUGUAUGGUUAUUUUUUGAAAAUUUUCAUAAUGAAAGAUGAAAAGAAUGCCAUGACCAACUGCAGUCUGAAUCAACUGCAGGACACUGUGUCAGCCCAGGCAGAAAAACAGAACCAUGCUAGGCUUUCCAGCUGAGGGAAUUCAGUCCGAGGAUUUGAUCACUGAUGAUGGGGGAGCCCAUUCCCUGGGGCUGGCGGGUCAGGGGAGCGGUUCCUGGGCUCCCGGGACACCAGGAUGGGGCCCCUCUGUCAGGAGCUGACCCCACGGAGGAGAUGUGUCAGCAUCACCGUGCAGGGAGAGAUGCCGUCUUUCUCUUCCUGCCCUUCUGUUCACCAGACUAGACAAGGGCGCCUGGGACAGGUCCUUGCAGGAGUUGGCACCUUGUGCAGGACAGACAGGAGUUGAUCUGAAAGGACACUGUUGGCUACUAAGGAUCUUUUCUCACCCACCCAUACUGAGUUACCCAAGUGCACCUGCCUGAUGAGGGUCAUUCUUCAUUCCAAGGAAGGCCCAUGAGGUGUCGUAUCUCAGUGGCACCUGGGCUCCUCCCUCAGUGCUGGUCCUGUAGUUCAAUUCUGACACUGCCUUGGGUCAGCACAGCACCUUUAUGUUAAAGACUUGGUCCCAGAAGAUGGCCACGUUGACAGUGGCCACCAGUGGGGCCCCUGGGCUAUCCACACUUCUACCUGGCCGGCUACAAACUCAUCCUGGGUAUCAAAGCUGCAGGUAUUUGUCCAGAUCUCACUUGAAACCCACAGCCUACGGCUUCUUCAGUCAAUAGGCCGGAGCAGCACACCCAGAUGUGGUCCUAUCAGAGCCCACACGUGCCAAGCCCCGGUCUUUCUUAGCUGUCGGCAGUGCAUGGCGUAGCCGCUUGUCUUUCACGUUGGAAGGGAGACCGUGAUAGUCCACAGACCACUAAUUUCGUGGAAUUUAGCUCUCACCAUCCACGGGAUCUAGGGAACUACUUCCUGCUCCCUAGGACCAAUCACUGUGAUGUCUCUAAUGCAUCAAAGUGGUAUUAUGAUGUCCAGACAAAGACCCCAAGAUAAAGUAGGCAUGUUGUCUCUGCCAGCUGAAAUCGAACGGAUCAUCUAAUUGGUACUGAGAAAAAAGCGAUAAGGAAGCCUCAAUGUAAAACCUUUUGUGACUGCACUUGGGGCAGAUGCUGCUGCUUCUGGACCCGUAUCAGGAGUUUAUCCUAGACUUCCCUGGUGGCACGGUGGUUGAGAAUCCACCUGCCAGUGCGGGGGCAUGAGUUCAAUCCCUGGUGCGGGAAGAUCCCAGACCACAAAGCAACUAAGCCCAUGUGCCACAACUACUGAGCCCA